CUGGGUACCAAACCAAACUCAAGAGGCAGCUUCCGCCUCUACUUCACCGUCAUGGCGUCAGAAGAAACUGUAAAUAUUCAGCAGGCAGAAUCUGUUGUAAAUCGCUGGUUUGUUGAUCAUCUUUUGUACUUGGCCAUCGAUUUACUUGAGAAGAAGCAAUACAAUGACUUUUGUUGUGCUAUUCGAAAGGGUCUUGACUAUGUUUUGUGUCGUCCUUUGGAGUCCAGCGAAACAACACCAACAAAGAUCAGAUUUCUGCAGUUUCUCACCUGGAUAAACGAGGGGGAACGUCUAGACUUGGCUUCUGAAGAAGACCCCACCCUCAGUCCUCUAGAAUCAGCAUUAAAAAUAUUACAAAGUAUGAAACAGGACUGUCCUCAUGAGGAUUAUGACAGGGUCUGUUCCUCACUUAAGGAGAUGAUUGUUAAGAUAUUUAUCAUCAAUGGAGAGUUUGACAAAGCGAAGAAGGCUCUAAAUAAGCACUUCCCCAAGUCAAUGGUGGGCAAGAAAGCUAUAUUUAUGGGUCUAAUUAACCAGAAGAGCAGAGUCCAUGAUAUUAUAGACCAACUGGACUUUCAGCUGUUUAGAGAGGAGAUGCUCUGUUUCUGUCUGAAACUUUGUCACAUUACAACUCCAUUUCUUCUCAAGGCAGCAGACCGUCUUAUUCUAUCAAGACAUGCUGAGCCUGACGACAGUCAUGAGCCUGAGCAGCCGGAGGAGCCAAAGCCUGUGUUUCUACGAAACUGCAACCGUUUAUUUAUUGCAAAAUCCAGACUUGAAGCAGGGGUCAAAGCACUGGCUGACGAGACAAGUUUUCUCCGCUUGGAAAAAGCAAUGGAAGAGGAAGAAACAUCUAAGUCACCUGACAAAGCAGUUAAUGAAGAAAUGAAAAAUCAGCUGUAUUUAAGAAACUCUGGCAGCCCAUUAGAGGCUUCCCCAGCUGAUGAACCAGCACAAAUGAGUGUCGUUCCACAGGCACAGACAAGUUCUCUCUCAAAUAUGAAGUCAGUACCAGUCUACGUGCGGCAUUACACCAUUGCUCAGCUGGUGGUGGAUCCAGAUAGCCCAACUGGAUCUACAGAAUUGGACACUGGACUGACAACGGAAGAAACAAAUGAAGAGACACCAGAAAUCUCUAAAAACAUGGACAUCCCACAAAGUCUUCUAAUGGAGUCUGAAGUUAGCAAACCUUUACGGAAACUAAAGAGUUGUGACAGAGCCAAAGCAUCCUCUACAAGCAAGCCACCAACUGAGGAGGACAUUUCUGAUGUUGAUGAAACCAACUCUAUCCAUAAUGUUAGUAGAGUGACAGAGAAUGAAGAUGCGAUAGUCUUGGAAGGUUUAGACAGAUCCCCCGGUCCAGUUUUAAGGGCUGGUCCACAAACAAGCUCUACUCCUCACAAUGUCAAAUCUUCCCCACACAUCAAAUGGAAACAAGCAUUCAACAGUGCCAGGGAAUCUAAGGAAGUGUGGAGUGAUGAAGAUGUGCUUUUUGACGGAGGCUCACCAGAUGAAAGCCUGACAUCAAAUUCUAGUCAAAAGAAAAGGAAAUGGACAGUCAGUGAGACCCAACGCUUGAAAGAAGGGGUUCAGAAAUUUGGAGAGGGAAACUGGAACAGGAUAAAGUCAUAUUACAACUUCAAAGAUCGAACAAAUGUCAAUUUGAAAGACAGAUGGAGAACAAUGAAGAAACUGAAAAUGAUAUAACGGUUUUAAAACAUUUAAACAAAACAGGCCAUGUUCACAUUCUAGAAUUUGAUGAAGUUAUAAUUUCACAUGGAGGGGCAGGGAUAAUUCACUCUUUUUUUGCAAGAAAUAUCCAAACUUAUGAUCCACAAAUGUUGAACAUUAUUUGGGAGUGAUUCCACAAAUUUGCCAUUUUCAUCAUAUGGUUUAAAGUCAGUAUUUUUAACUCUGAACAGUCACAUCUUUAGGGAUGAAUGGCGGCACAACUUUCUGAAGCUACUGGAAAGAGUUACAUUUUUGUUUAUUUGCCCGAGAAGAUGUCAAACCCUAACCCCCUACCCAGUUUGUUUCAUGUGAAUAGGUCGAGUAAAUACAGACAUAUGAACCAGAACAAAGCAUAUGCAAUAUGCUAGUUAAAAAGCAAUUUGGACCAUAGAAUUCUCAUUUUAUGCUCUUUUUCUAGAAUGAUGCAUGAACCCAACCUAUUUAAAAAAUGUUAGUCGAGUACAAUAAAAUGUCUACGCUUGA